AUGAGCCCACACAUCCUCGCAACAGUGACCAUCGACGACGAGAAUCAUCGUAACGAGAACUGCUCACCAUCCUCUCAAGACAUGAGCCAAUCACCAAAACCAAAGGGACGCAUCCUCUACUGCCGAAAGUGUGAGGGACACGGAGAGAAGGUCAUCCUCAAAAAUCACUCUCCCCAGUGCCCGUAUAUCCUGUGCAAUUGUAAAUCGUGCGAAAAAUUGAAUUACAAAAGACUGAAGUCGUUCAACAAGAGAAACAAGGAGAAGAUCGAGUUGGCAGCUGCACUCAACGCUAAGAGACACGCCACAGAGUCAGGAUCGAGUGUAGACGAUGAAGAAGGAUACUCCAGAAGAUCUUCGUUCUGCUCCAAAACUUCUACACCUGAUAUGGACAGUGGCGACACACGCACAUCAUCGACUACCCCUAUUACUCGUGCCAGUCCAGCUGCUAUGUCAAACUCCACACCAACCUCAGCUAAUAAUAAUGGAUUGGAGGGAAGAAGUGGAUCGUUGGGACACAUGACAGUGAUGUCCUAUGAUAUAUGGAAGGCAAAGUGCGCAUCGGAAAAGAAACGGCUAGAAGAUGAACGUGCGAAGAAAACUUCCCUCGACCCAUUCACCAGAUCCCCGUCACCAACUCCAAUGAGGAAGCGCGCACACACAUUUGUUGCUCAGCCAACGAACCGCACCGAAGAAAUUCCCGUCGUCGCACCGAAGAAAAUGUCAGUUGACGAGAAGGGUAAAGGGAAAUACAUACUCCUUCCCACGAUCCCUGCCAUGCGGAUUUUUGUGAAUGAGACCGAGGAGGAGAAGCCGUCACCACUUAUGACUCCAUCCCUGAUCCCAUCGAUUCCAAUGAGUCAGCAACAGAUGACUCCGAUGACUACAAUGGCUCAACUCCCUCUUCCCACAACAACAAUGGCACCGAUGAUUACACCGACGUCGAUCUUCGACAUCCCAUCCACCUCCAGCAACAUCCGCCCCUUCCAAAUGCCAAUCACAACCUCCCCAAUGCAGCAGCAACUCCCACGUCCGGCUCCAGUUAUGGCACCACCUCAACUGUCACCGUUCAAACCAGUGGGACUACCUGCCGCCAAUCAGUCACUCGUCAACAACUUGUCCACCGAACAAAGUCUUAGCUCUCUGAUUCUUCACAACACAGUACUCCAACAACAACAACAGAAUAGUCAGAUGAUGCAAGACUUCCUCGGCGGAUCACAAGCGACACCUCAACCACAGGUCGAUGUGCUCUCAAUGCUCCGCUUACAACAACAGGCGGCAGCGUUGGCGUCGGCUCUCCAGGCAGCGGGCAUCCAGAUUCCAAUGAGCACACCCACACCGGUCUCGGCUGCUCCACAACCACUUCCGAUGCUUCAGAAGACACUACCAUCGCUCUCAACGAAUUCAUUGUUAAAUCCAUUCUUGCAAUCUCAUCUUUUCACGAACCCGGUUUAA